UUCGAUCUUGAGACAACGAGAAAGUGAAGAUUUCAAGUGGGACUGUUCAAAGGAAGGGAAUUUCUUCAUAGAGAGAGAGUGAAAGUGAAAGAAAGAUGGGAUUAGGGUUGCUGACAUCGAGAGCCCUAAGAUCAUCAGGGGUCUUGACUUCUCUGAAACCUAGAAAUGGCAUCGUUCGUGCAAUUGUUUCAACGCCCGAACUCCAAAAUGCAGAAGCAGCUCAAGCCCAGCCUCAGCCGUCUCCACCAGAUCUUCCCAAGAGGAACCCCGUCGGAGGAGCUAGAGUUGAAAUCCCAAAUCCGGAGGAUGCUAUUGAGGUAUUUGUCGACGGAUAUCCUGUUAAAAUCCCAAAGGGUAUGACUGUGUUGCAGGCUUGCGAGGUCGCCGGGGUUGAUAUUCCUCGAUUCUGUUAUCAUAGCCGCCUAUCGAUCGCCGGAAACUGCCGAAUGUGCCUCGUCGAAGUCGAGAAGUCACCCAAGCCUGUCGCCUCCUGUGCCAUGCCUGCUCUUCCAGGUAUGAAGAUAAAAACUGAUACGCCAAUUGCGAAGAAGGCACGUGAAGGGGUCAUGGAAUUUUUGUUGAUGAAUCAUCCUCUAGAUUGUCCCAUUUGUGACCAAGGUGGAGAAUGUGAUCUACAAGAUCAGUCCAUGGCUUUUGGUUCAGAUCGUGGCCGAUUUACAGAGAUGAAGAGAUCUGUAGUUGACAAGAAUUUAGGUCCACUGGUUAAGACCGUCAUGACUAGAUGCAUCCAGUGUACUAGGUGUGUCCGAUUUGCGAGUGAAGUAGCUGGUGUUCAGGAUCUGGGUAUAUUGGGACGAGGAAGUGGAGAAGAAAUAGGGACUUAUGUUGAGCGACUCAUGACCAGUGAACUCUCUGGAAAUGUGAUUGACAUUUGUCCCGUGGGAGCCCUAACAUCGAAACCUUUUGCCUUCAAAGCCCGGAAUUGGGAGUUGAAAGGUACAGAGACCAUUGAUGUUACGGAUGCAGUUGGUUCCAACAUCCGUGUUGACAGUAGAGGACCUGAAGUCAUGCGUAUUGUUCCUCGACUGAAUGAGGACAUUAAUGAGGAGUGGAUAUCAGACAAGACCCGUUUUUGUUAUGAUGGUCUGAAGAGGCAAAGGCUUAACGAUCCUAUGAUCCGUGGAGCUGAUGGGCGUUUCAAAGCAGUGAGCUGGCGUGAUGCCCUUGCAGUAGUUUCAGAGGCUAUUAACAAAGUCAAAGGAGAGGAGAUUGUGGGAAUAGCUGGUCGGCUGUCUGAUGCUGAAUCUAUGAUGGCACUAAAGGAUUUCUUAAACAAAAUGGGUUCCAAUAACAUCUGGUGUGAAGGAAACGGGACGAGACCUAAUGCUGAUUUUCGAUCUGGGUAUUUAAUGAAUACCAGCAUCGGCGGCCUUGAGAAAGCUGAUCUUUUCCUUUUGGUUGGAACUCAGCCAAGAGUUGAAGCAGCUAUGGUGAAUGCCAGAAUCAGAAAAACUGUCUUAGCCACACAAGCCAAAGUUGGUUACAUCGGCCCACCAACCGAUAUCAACUACGCUCACAAACACAUAGGUACAAGUCCCGAAACACUCAAGGAAAUUGCAGAAGGUCGCCAUCCUUUCUCCUCCGACCUUCAAAACGCUAAGAAUCCUGUCAUCAUUGUUGGUGCCAGCGUUUUUGAACGACAAGAUAAGGACGAAAUCUUCUCAAUCCUCGAGACCAUAGUGAAGAAAUCAAACGUAGUAAGACCUGAUUGGAACGGUUUCAACGUCUUACUUCUCCACGCCGCUCAAGCUGCUGCUCUUGAUCUCGGCCUUAUACCAGAAUCUGAGAAAGCUAUUGAGAAAUCCAAGUUUGUUUAUUUAAUGGGAGCCGACGAUGUUAAUUUGGAAGAAAUCCCAAAAGACGCAUUUGUUGUUUAUCAGGGUCAUCAUGGUGAUCAAGGUGUUUAUCGCGCGAAUGUUAUAUUUCCUUCAUCUUCUUUCACUGAGAAGGAAGGAACAUAUGAGAAUACAGAGGGAAGGACUCAACAAACGGUACCUGCAGUUCCUACGGUUGGUGAUGCUCGAGAUGACUGGAAAAUAGUUAGGGCUUUGUCCGAGGUUUCUGGGGCUCGUUUGGCUUAUGAUAAUGUUGACGGUCUUAGAUCUCGGAUUAGGGCUGUGGCUCCAAAUCUGUUGAGGGUUGAGGAAAGGGAACCCGCUUCUUAUUUUGGUGAGAUAAAACCGGAGUCGAAAGGUGAGGUUAGUUCAACACCUUUUACUGUUGCUGUGGAGAAUUUCUACAUGACGGAUGCGAUCACUAGAGCUUCUAAGAUCAUGGCUCAGUGCAGUUCGAUGCUCUUGAAGAAAUAAACGGCUUUUAAACUUGCAUCUUGUUCGAAUAAAAGAUACCAUUUCACUUUUCCCCGCUUAAGUUGAUGAUAUUGCGGGUAAUUUGGCUAUUCUUUGCUUUCUCUACUUAUAACUUUUAUAAUUUUUGCGAGCAUCAAUAGUUCUCUAUGGGAAAUUGGUGCAAUAAGAUUAUUACCUCAUAAAUGGGCAGUGUGCUUUUAUGGUUUGUAGAAUCUUGUAAUUUAACUUCUACUGCUUCCACCGAAAUUCGGAAAUUUCUUCUGGAAUUUGAAGCUAUAUUUGUUCUUUUGCUGUGUUCA